GAGAGAGAGAGAAAGAUAAAAAGAAAGAAGAAAGAAUAACAGGAGAAAGGGGGGAGGGUGAAAAAAAGCCAUUAUAACAAAUUACAAACACUUGCUACAGUAGUCAGCGAGUUGUUUUAUUUUUAGAUAGAGAUACCAGCUCAAAAUAUGGACUGUAUGUCUUAAGAUGACACAUCUCCUUCCCAUACGUUACUGGGGAGGUUCUUGUGACUUUAGUCCAUGGAUGGAUGGAUGAGAAUAGAAAAAUCAACACCACGUCGAUAAUGAUGAUGAUGAUGAUACGAUGACGACGAUGUUACGGCAAGUGUAGACCGAAUGCAGAUGCUUCCAUCAGUCGGAAUUGAUGAGAUCCAUUACUAUGUGAAUGUCCAAAGUCCAACCGGACUGUAAGAAAUGUCCAACUCUGACAUAGCAUCUCAACACAUCCACAGGAAUUAUUUCUUACUGACGUCGAUAUAAAACUGAGCCCCACCAAACCAUAAAGCUGGAGAAGUUUCCAUCAGUAUCCCUGACCCCCUUUCUCACCACUCCCUCCUUACCCCAACUAAUUAUGGAGACGCCCAUGAGCAAUGACAAACUGAUGCAUGCUGAUUUCUAUGGUAAACAGUUUUCACCAGCCCCAACUUUGCAAACGCAAAGAAUAAGCCACAUUUGUGACAAAUUGAUUCAUACUGAUAUGUACGGGGUCAAAGACUUCCCACAAAGGCAUAAUCUUUCCAUGCAAAGUAUUCCUCACAUUCUGGAUAAACCUCUCUACCAUCCAGAAUUCGUGCCAAGGCAUCAUGGCUUCCAAAUGCAAACCAUUCCCUCCCACAUACCUGAUAAAUCGUUCCAUCACAGUAUGGUUACGUAUGCGAAAGAGUUCAGUCCAACACAGAACACUCUACCUUCGCCCAAACUGUUAACCCACAUGGUUGACAAGUCCCCCGUUCAUUCCACCAGCCCCCUACAGUCUAACAAACAGUUCCUCAGUCCCACACACUCUUCUGUACCACUACAAUCUCCCAAAAUGCCUACAAUGAUGGACAAGAUCUUUCCAGAUGGUGGCCUUCUUGAUAGUAGUGUGAGUGAUGGCAAACAGUAUUCUCACCCUCAUAGAUUGCAGUCGCCAAUGGAGAAGAGUUACCAUAGCAACGAGUCACAUAGGAACAGCCCGUUGCCAUGUGAUAAGCAGCUGUCACACCAACUCGACUUGCAGUCUUCAUCAAAGCUGAGCCCAGUGAUGGCCAAACAAUACUCUGACCCAAUGCUUUACCACAAGUCUUUCUUGACGGAGAAUAGCCAUCUUUCAGAGGCGAGCCGUAACCAAUGCCAAGAGAACUGCCAUGGCCACACUGUUGCCGCCGGGGGUAACAACAGUGUGGGCAGCCAUGGUUUACACACUCAUAAAACUACUUCCAGUAUGUCUGACAAACCGUACCACCAUCAACAACAACAACACCAUCAUCAUCAUAGCAGUGGCAGAAGCAGCAGCAGCAGUAGUAGUAGUAACAGUGGUAACACUGCCUCGUAUAUUCCGUCAGAUCACACGAACCCCUCUACACCAAAGCCCCAGGACAAGAUGUACCCCCAACAUGGCUCAGUUAGCAUGUCUCCAAAGCUUUACUCUCCGAACCACCACAGCAGUAUGCAGCCACAGAAAAACUACCUUCACAAUAUCAUCACCAGCAGUAGUAGUAGUGGUAGUGGUAGUGGUAGCAGUAGUAGCAAUAGUAGUAGUGGUGGUGGUGGUGGUGGCGGUGGUGGUGGCGAUGGUGGUGGUGGUAGGGGUAUGAACUGCAGUAAUUCUAUAACUCCUCCAACCAUUACCUCUCCUAGUAGUGCCAGUGUCCCCAGCAGCAGUCCAGCCCCUUUGAGGACCGACAGCAUUGUUGCUAAGCAACCAUAUGAAAGCAGCAUCCAUGAUGAACAACAACAACAACAACAAAAACAUCACCACAAGCAACAUCAACAUAAGCAACACCAACAUAAACAACACCGACAUAAACAUCACAAUAAGCAUCAUCAACAACAGCCUCAACUACAAACACAGCAACAGCAGAUGCAUGUACAACAACAACAACAGAUUCAGGCACAGCAACAACAACAAAUACAUGUACAACAACAACAACAACUGCAACAACAGCAACAACUUCAGACGCAGCAACAACUCCAGGUGCAACAACUGCAAAUGCAACAACAACAGCUCCAAGCACAACAAAUGCAACAACAGCAACAACAACAACUUCAAGUACAACAACAACUCCAAACACAACAGCAGCAGCAGCAGCAACAACAACUACAAGCACAACAACAACAACAACAGUUGCAAGCUCAGCAGCAGCAGCAACAACAAUUGCAAGCACAACAACAACAGAGGCAGCUGCAGGUGCAGCAACAACAGCUACAAGAUGAACAACAUUCACCACAACAAACACCACAGAAACAGCAUGAUCGCCAUCAACACAAGCAUCAUCAUCCACAACAACAACAGCAACAACAACAACAGAAAUCUCAGCAGGAUCUACAAGAACCACAACAACAACAACAACAAGAACAACAACAACAACCAUACAGCAAUCUACAGAAUGAAUCCUCAAAAUGUUACUCGCAGAACAGUGAUUCCCAAGAACAAAGCGAAGACAGCACCCCUCCAAAACAAUCUCCCCACUUGCACCACCAUCACCACCACCACCAUCAUCAACAGCACCAUCACAUUCAUCACCACCAUCAUCAUCACCAUCUUCAAAACCUAUCUGGGGGCUCUCUCCAGUCGGUCGGAGAAACAAACCUAGAUCUGAAAGAUGUUACCAAAGAAGACCCUUGUGAGAAACCCUAUGAUUCUUUAACCUGUCAAAUGACGAACCCACAGAAUUGUUCCGAAUCUCUUGAGAAACUCUACAACAUGGACAGCGAAGUCAAUGAAAAGCCUUCGUUGACAUUACUCGAAGGUACCGACCAGAUGUUGAUGGUAGACGACAAAAAGCCAUUGCAGUCUAUGUUGAACAGUGAGAUGGUUGGCACUGACAGGCCAUCUUCAUCCUCAGUGAAUGCGCAGCGUUAUCACUGUGACUUUUGUGGAAAACAAUUUGCACAAAAGUAUGUGCUGCAGAUGCACAGAAGAACGCAUACAGGAGAGAAACCGUUUCAAUGCGAUUUCUGUAUUCAGCGGUUUGCUCGUAAGGACACGUUACAAAUCCAUCGAAGAAUCCACACCGGUGAGACACCGUUCCAGUGUGACAAGUGCCCUAAACAAUUUGCUCAGGCAGGGAAACUUCAGAAACACAAAAAGCGUUGCCACAAUGGCCAGGCCAAUUCUGUGACGGGUAACACUCAGAAGUCAUUAACCCCUCGAUCACAGAAUCCAAAGAAAAGAAUCUCCGUCACGUGUGACAUUUGUUUGAAACAGUUUGCUCAUCGAGAUUAUUUAACAAUCCAUAAAAGGUCACAUACUGGAGAGCGACCGUUUGGGUGUGAAUUCUGCCCACAGCGGUUCACUCGCAGAGAUAUGUUACAAGUCCAUCGUAGGACUCACACUGGAGAAAAGCCUUUUGAGUGUCCGAUUUGUUUCAAGCGUUUUGCACAGAGAGAUAAGCUGCACAUACACUCGAGGGUCCAUUCAGGAGAGAAACCUUAUAAAUGUCAGUUGUGUUCGAAACAGUUUUCUCAGCGUAACACCCUGGUUGGCCACUUAAGGUCACACUCGGGAGAUCGACCAUAUCAGUGUGAAGUAUGUUUGCGGAGGUUUGCCCAAAGGGAUUACUUACGGGUACACACACGAUCCCAUACUGGAGAGAAACCUUACGGAUGUGAUUUCUGCAUCCAGCGCUUCUCUCGCAGAGACACAUUGCAAAUUCACCGCCGUAUUCACACCGGGGAGAAACCAUUCCGUUGUAACUUCUGUGGCAAAGAGUUUGCACAGACAGAUAAGUUACGACGACACAAACGUACUCAUCCUGAGUUGAAGCAAGAGAUCAAUGCUGGUAACAGUAACAACAACAACAACAAAACCAACAAUAGCAAUACUGCAGCUGCAGCUGGCAACUACGAUAGUGCAGCAGCAGCUGCAGUUGCUGCAAUUACAAGUGGUGUAGACAGCGACGGUAGUAAACCUAUGUUGGUCCCAGUAAAGACUAUUGAUGAGUAUUUACCUGUAAAUAACUAUUUGUGGCUGUUGUAAGACACCAGCCAGCACAUGGGAACUGCUAACACGCAUACAGACAUAUAUACGUACAUAUAUGUACACACACACACACACAAACAUACACACCUUGAACGACAGUAGAACUCUAUACACUUUAAUAUUUUUUACAAGUGUUUAUAUAGAUAUCUAUAAGCAAUCUUAUGUUUUAUUCUCACCCCCCUCCCUCCCUCUCUCUCUCUCUCUCUCUCUCUCAUUCUUUCUCUCUCCUUCCCUCUCCCUCCCUUCCUUUCUGCCAUCAGUGUGUAUCAGACAUGACAUAUCUUUGUAUAAAUAUCCUCCUUUCAUUUACUAAUUCCUGCUUCAAGAUGCCGUCUAUGGCUAUACUAGUUCCACCUCCACCAUCGCCAUUCUUCUGGUCUUCUAAUCAAGGGAAGACAACUCAGAUCGAGUGACCAAAAUUUCAUUCAAACCUCUGUUAAAUAUCAAUUUAUUUUGUUUGAGGUUUGAAAUAAUCUAAAAUGGUGGCUGAGCUAGUAAUAUCGUCAUACGCCUUAGCAAUAACACACAUUGCUUUCUAUGACAUCUUUGUACGCCUGACUAAUUCUCAGUGCAUACUUUAUAUACAUAUAUAUAUAUAUAUAUAUAUAUAUAUAUAUCGUGUGUAUACAUACAUCUCUAUCUAUCUUUUUACUUACUUACUGUCUGUCUAUGUAUGUGUGUAUACAUAUAUAUAUAUACAUGCAUACAUAUAUAUACUCUCUCUCUCAUACACACACAUCUAUAUAGAUAAAUACUUCCAAAGCUGUUUUUAUUUUCUCAUUUCUCCCCAUAAAUUCUCCUACUAACCUGUCCAAUAAGUUCUGAUAAUAUCCAACAGUUCAAUAUUCUUCUUAUUGAUUUUUGUUAAACCAAAUACCCUACCCUCCCCUGUUCCACCUACAGCUUCUUUUCCCUCAUUAUAAAAUUAUCCAAUUUCUUUAAACAUUAAUUACGAAAGUGAAAAAAGAUCCACCUGUUCGUUAGAGUUGCUUAUUAGCUUAUUUGUUGCUUUCAUCGCUGACAUCUUGCAAUUAUGACGUGACCACCACAGAAGAAACCAAGUGGAUUGUGCCAUGCCAAGUGCAUAGAAUGGUGUUUUUUUUUUUUUCCUUUUUUUUUUCAACUCUUUCUUUGUUUUCCUUCCCUGCCUAUAUUUCCCAAAAUGAGAGAGAUCUUUGAAAAUAUGUUCAUUUUGUCUGUCUGUAAGCAAUAUGACUCGAAAAUUUUUAACUGAAUUUUUAAAAUUUUGUCUUUUGUUUAUUUUUUUCCAAUAUUUUGCUCUGGUGGGCAAAAAAUGUCUUGAGUCUUCUUGGAUUGUUGAAGACUGUGUUUUGUGUAUCAUGUGAAAGCUAAGCCAUUUUGAUGGAAUCCGUCUCUUCUCAGAAUGCUGUCUGUCACCAAAACUCAUUGAUUAUAAUGUGCAACUGCAGUUGAUAUGGAUGUCUUGAGUGGAAUGGAUCUAGCUUUUGAAAAUUUGGAUAUUUUGCAAGUCACUUGUUGAGGUAACUAUUUUCUUAGUUGACUCCAUUUUACAGUAAUUCUUUAGUUGUGAAAAAUGGCUGACCUUUAUUUUUAUCUGGGACUAUUUGGAGCAAGCAGAGUAAUAUCUAGUGAACCAUUUCCUAUUUAUUUUUGUUGUAGCAAGUAUCCCUUGCUAUUCCCCUCCAUCCCCAUCAUUCUUUAUAAGUUAUUAUGUCACCCAGUGUUUGUCUACAAAAAUCUUUUAUAUAUCAGUAACAGUUAAACUAUGCUUCACUGGUGAGGUCCAAUAAGAGUGAAACAUAUCUGGAGUUAUCACUACAUUGCCAAAAAUUAGACUCACUCCUUACUCCACAACAUAAGUUUUAUUUAAAGUUCAGAAUCUCUCUUGACUUAAGCUAUUUGUUAAAAUAAUUGCUUUUUUCCCUCAUUAAGUCUGUAAUUUUAAUUAAUUAAUAUUUCUUAGCCCACUAAUUAAGUAUAUUAGUUCCCAAUUUACUCUUUAUUUUUACAUAAAGCACACAUCCUUGAGGAUUUACCCCAUUUAAGCUUUGUACAUCAGAUUUGACCUCUUGACCUUGAUACCUCCUGAAUCUCAUCAGUAUAAAUUAGAAGAUUGAAAACAUUGAAAAUAAACACGUUUAUGGCUUAACUGAGAAUGUAUAUAUAUAUCUAUAUAUAUCUAUAUACAUAUACAUGUGUGUGUAUAUAUUAAUUAUGUCAUUCAAUGGAAAUAGUAAUGGUGAAAGCGUUUAGACAAACUUAUUAACGCUUUUACUCUAACAUCGUCCACACACAAGUCACUCAUUGACAAAGUAAAAUAUGAUAUUCUAAGAUGGUCGUUCUUUUACUAGUCCGUUAAAGAUACAUAUAUCCUUUACUAGUCCUUUAAAUCUGGGUCUAUUCCUUCCGCUGGUCCCCUACAACUGAGUCUAUCACUCUCCCAUGCAAUUUCCUGACAUCUUUCAUCCUUAACACAGAGAUUCUCCUGUGCUGAUAGCUAGCUCUGUCUCCUUGCUAACCAUCACUAACUCUUACAGCUUUAUCAAUGAAGAUAAUUUAACAUAAUAUUGAUAUUUCUACAGAGACAAACUGUGUUCUAGAAACACUGUAGCAGAACUGAGAGUGAAUGUAAAUUAUUUCUGUGGAUCUGAUAUAGUACAAGCCCAUAGACAUCACAUGAUCACAACCAGACCAAAUUCUGUUCGCACACUUAUACACACAUACUUCAAGAUCCACAUCAUGAUCAAUGCCACAUCACCAGAGAACCUUUGUUUAUUAAUUGUGUGUGCGUGUGUGUGUUGAAUGCUGUAUCACCAAUGUACCCAAGUACGGGUUUUGAAACUUCACCAGAAGUACCUUUGAUGUACUCAUUAUCACAUGUGGCUUUGAUGCUGCAAGUAACUCCACUUCAGAAUGGUGCCUACCUGACAUUUCUGCAAUGACUACUCAUUGCAAAUGGCACCAAGUUCCAUGUACACUGAAUGUUUAGAAUGUAUGUGUAAUUUAUAUCUGCGUGUAUAUAUGUAUUUAUGUAUGUAGAAAUGGUUGAUAUGUACAUAUAAUUUAAUUUUUAAGUGCAUGCUUAUACACCCAUAUAUACAAAUAUGUGUGCGUAUGUGCAUAUGUGUAUGUAUAUAUGUGUGUGUCUAAAGGAAAGCGUGUUCAAACCCUUGCUUCUUGGCUGAGUUUAGAUCCUGAAUCUUUUGUUUCAUAGAAUCUUUUUUGAAGUUUUUUUAAUGCUACACGGGUCAAAUGAAUAUUUGGAGAGAAUAAUAUUGCUUAUGU